UGCUGCUGUCACUUUCCCCUCUGUCUGCAGGCGCGGACCGCGGUCCUCUAAGACUCGCCAGUUUACAGCUUGCCGGUAACACAGGCCUGUGCGGGAGUCACAUGUAGCAACCGCUGCGUGACACCGGCGUCAUUGCGUGACUACACUUCCCAUAACCCCCCGCGCCUGGCGCGCUCUGAUGACCGCGGCCGGGGAGGAUGUUGUGAUGUGUGAGGUGCACGGGUGUGAGUGCUGUUGCGAGCAGCGCUGUCGUCGCUUGGUGACGCUGGCAGUGCCCGGGGAGAUGAGGAACCUGGGCCGGCGCUGCAGACAUUCAAGCCAUGUGCACCAGAAACAGUGAACCAGCUGAAGAGUUUGUCGUAACAUAACUUGUAACUUGAAGCAGCCAUGAAGUUCUACAUUCUGUGGAUGAUUUUACAACUGUUUUACCACGUAACGUUUGCCGCAGAGCAUGAAGGUGUAGCUAAGCAUGCCAUCAAGCUACAUCGAGGCAAGGGAGCCACAGCCAGCCAAAGAAAGGAGUGGUUGGUGAAUAACUGCCGAAAACUGUCUGGUCUCAUUCACCAGAAAAAUGUAGUGCUAAACAAGCUGAAAAAUGCAAUCAAAGCAGUGGAGAAAGACCCAAGUCUGUCUCCAGAAGAGAAACUGUUUCAGGUGCACACGUUUGAAAUCUUCCAAAAGGAACUGAAUGAGAGUGAGAACUCUGUGUUUCAGGCAGUUCAUGGGCUGCGCAGAGCUUUGCAGGGAGAUUACAAAGAUGUUGUGAACAUGAAGGAAAGUAGUAGGCAGAGGCUGGAAGCUUUAAGGGAAGCUGCCAUCAAGGAAGAACAGGAAUAUGUAGAACUUCUGGCAGCGGAAAAACAUCAGGUUGAAGCCCUGAAGAUUAUGCAGCACCAGAAUAAAAGCCUCUCUAUGCUUGAUGAGAUCCUUGAAGAUGUCCGGAAAGCUGCUGAUAGGCUAGAGGAAGAAAUAGAAGACCACGCAUUUGAUGACAACAAGUCUGUUCGUGGUGUAAAUGUUGAGGCAGUCCUGCGAGUGGAGGAAGAUGAAGUAAAAAGAAAUACAUCCCAUCACCAAGUAGAGGAUGACUUGGGGCUCAGCAUGCUUAUUGACUCUCAAAAUAACCAGUACAUAUUGACCAAGCCCAGAGAUUCCACCAUGCCCCGUGCUGACCACCACUUUAUCAAGGACAUUGUGACUAUUGUUAUGCUGUCUUUGCCUUGUGGAUGGGCAUGUUCUAUGAUAGGACUGCCAACUAUGUUUGGAUAUAUCAUCUGUGGUGUUCUUUUAGGACCAUCUGGAUUAAACAGCAUCAAGUCAAUUGUUCAAGUGGAAACUCUGGGGGAGUUUGGUGUCUUUUUUACGCUCUUUCUUGUUGGUUUGGAGUUUUCCCCAGAAAAACUGAGAAAGGUGUGGAAAAUAGCAGUGCAAGGCCCAUGCUUUAUGACAAUUCUAAUGAUUGCAUUUGGCUUGCUGUGGGGCCACUUCCUGCAAAUCAAACCUACUCAAAGUGUCUUCAUUUCAACGUGUUUGUCUUUGUCCAGCACACCCUUGGUAUCCAGGUUCCUUGGAGGCGGGUCUCGUGGAGAUAAAGAUGGUGACCUUGACUAUAGUAGUGUUCUACUUGGCAUGCUUGUGAUGCAGGACGUCCAGCUUAGCUUGUUCAUUGCUGCUAUGCCAACUCUUAUUCAAGCAGGAGGGAGCACUUACUCCAGUGUUGUGUUGGAGAUUUUCCGAAUUCUGAUACUGACUGGACAAAUACUUUUUUCAUUGGUUGCGGUCUUUCUUAUCUGUCUUAUUAUGAAAACCUAUCUCAUUGGACCGUAUUAUCGAAAGCUACAUACUGAAAGUAAAGGAAAUAAAGAAAUUCUUGUCAUGGGAAUAUCUGCAUUUGUUUUUCUUAUGCUGACACUAACAGAAUUACUGGAUGUGUCGAUGGAGCUGGGGUGUUUUCUAGCUGGAGCUCUUAUUUCUUCCCAAGGACACAUGGUCACAGAGGAGAUUAUGUCAUGCAUUGAGCCAAUACGAGACUUCCUGGCUAUCAUUUUCUUUGCAUCUAUAGGGCUUCAUGUAUUUCCAACCUUUGUAAUGUAUGAGUUAACUAUUCUUUUGUCCUUGACGUUGACACUGGUCAUAAUGAAGUUUGUUUUGGCAGUGCUGGUACUAUCUUUGAUUUUGCCUAAAAGCAGCCAGUACAUUAAGUGGAUUGUGUCUGCUGGUCUAGCUCAAGUCAGUGAGUUCUCAUUUGUUUUAGGCAGCAGAGCCCGCAGGUCUGGGAUAAUUUCCCGCGAGGUCUACCUCCUUAUUUUGAGCGUGACAACCUUAAGCCUUCUUCUGGCACCUGCCCUGUGGAAAGUAGCUAUCACCAAAUGUGUUCCAAGACCAGACAAACGAUUGAGCACUUGAGACAAACUGGGACUGCUGGUCAACUUAUUUUACAGGCUUUUUCUCCAGUGUUCCUUUGAACCAUGGACUUCACAGACAACAGUGUACCCCUUUGCUACAGGAAAGUUCUAGAUAGCAAAGCUGGUUUGGGACUCCUUUAGAAAAAUUACUGGAAAUCUCACAAUUUUCAGUCUUGGCCAUGCUCCAUUUUACCUAAUCUCCAAAUAUGUACAAUUACUUCCUGGAGAUAACCUUGAAUAGUUUUCUUCCUAUGUGCCUUUUUAAUCUAAAUCUUGUUUUAAUUAUUUUUGUUAAAAACAGUCUUUAAAAGUAUUUUUAUUGCACAUCUAAGUACUGUUUGGCAGGACUGAUGGAUCAGAGUGCAGGUAGAUGAAUCAUGUAACAUAGAGCAGUUUACAGGAGUGGCUUGAUCUCUGUUUAAAUGAAAGGUAAGCUCAAUGUUAUGUUUGAGGCGGGUGUACAAUGAGUGGCCGGCGCUCUGGAUCCUGGCGCCCAGCAUACCGCAGCAGGGCGAGCGCAAAGGAGCUCCUUGCGGGCUCGCUGCACUCGCCACGCUGCAGGCACGGUGGGCUAUUUAUUCUCCCACCAGGGGUGUCAUGGACAACCCAAGAGAGAGAUUAGGUGUUGGUAUACCGGGGAUCCCGACAGCCGGUAUAUCGAGUGCCUCCCGUUAGAGGCAUACUAUAGCUCAAAUCUUAAAAAAGGCACUGAGUUUACUCAGACAGAGCAGUGAAUUAUCUGCAAUUAUCUAAUGUGUAUGUCUGCAAAUUCUACUGUUCCAGUUAAAUAUUUUAUGUGAAGGGCAGUUACAUACUGGAUAUAUAUUUCUGCUAGUUUAAGGUUUUAUUUUUGUGGCCUAAAAAUGGGCAAUACUUUUUACCUAUAAAUGAUUAAACACUUGGACAAACACUGCAAAUACUUUAUUUACAAGUAUGGGAUGCAUUUUCCAAAAACUCAGUAUCUAUAAAUACUAAAAAUGAGAAACAAUAAAAGGAGCAAAUAAAUGCUAUAAAAGGGAAGAUAUUGCACUGAAGUCUAUUUCAAGGAAGAGUUAUUUAUACACAGGAAUGCCAGUUGCUGUGUGUCCAAUGGAGCAAUUCAAUUGUUGGCUCCUGUCAGGCGCGAACAGCUGCAGGCAUCGACAUUUCAGCUCGCACCUUAGGGUAGUGGCAAGCUGAAAUGUGCGAAAAGUGACCCGUUUGGGUGCCCAAAUGGCACUUUAUGCGCUGUACCCAUUUGUGUAGUCGUGUUUAGCCCUUUUACGCAGCGGUCUUUUAGGGUGCGAUAAAAUAAUUAACUAUCUCUCCCCUGAUCUCCCGUCACGUUAGACGGGAGGUUGGGCGUGAUAAAACAAUUGAAUAUUGCCCCAAGAGUCACUGUGGGGAGCACUGUUUAAUAAGGCAGGGAUGGUCAUAGGAGCAAUGGGGCAGAUGUAAGAACGUGCGCUAUGUGCACAUAGCACACGUUAUAUCCAGCUGUUACCGCUUUUCCUAAAUUUAUGAAUGGUGAUUUACCGCCUGCUUAUCGGGCGUGCAUAGCGGCAUUUCUAUUAGCGAAUAUGCCGUAUGCCUCAUUUAUGGAGCCGCUGCCGUCUAUGGCAACCCGCUGCUGUACCUUAUGUAUCAACAGGGACAUUGCGUUUAUCGAUUCGUUAUGUCUCCCUGCUCUCUUCGUCUCCUCCCAGCUGGCUUUGCUUGUUUUCUAUCCGCUGCUCCAGCCAAACGGGUGUCCCUGCGCCUCGUCAGCAUCGGCGUCCCUGAGGAUCCAGAUCGCAUGCGAGGGGAGACAGUCACAGAGACCACUGGGAAGGAGACCUUCUGCGCAUGCACGGGAGGAGAGCCAAUGCACAAGCAUCUGCGCUAUGAGGGGAGACUACACUUUACCAGGGGCAAGACAUAGCACAUCGCUAUGAGGUGAGGCCAAGCGGACAUGCAUUAAGGUGGUAUGUGACAGCAGAUCACCACGAAAAAGCGGUGAAGUGUAAAAGCAGGAAUACCGAACUUUAAGGGACUAAUAAUACAUCUGCCCCAAUGUGUGAAAUGACAAUGUUUCCAGAUAAGGGCUUUUUCCUUAUAUGGAUGCUGAACCUUAAAAUAUACCUAACUGUUUUUAAAUCUACACCUAAUCCCCAUACUUUUUUUGUCAUUCUUUGUAGAAAACUUUUCUGUUUGCACAUAUUUAUACCAGCAGUGCUGUUGGUAUGUUAUAGUACUGUCUAUUUACCCAUUCCAGUUUCACAGGCACCUUAUGGAACAAUAGAAUGGUAUUAUUUCAGAGAACACUAAUGCUCUAUUGAAUGCUGCUAUUCAUUAAUCCUCAUAAUACAAUGAUAAUAAUUUGUCUUUAAUAAUGGUUAAUGAUAUUUGAGGGUGUAAAAAGGACCAAUGUUGGGUGUUAUUUUCCUUCCAUAACUGUCACAUUAUCUUACCUAGUUUGGCACUAGCCUUGGUGUUUUGCUAUACAUGUAUUGUCCAUGACUGUUAAAUAUUUGCCUCAGGUGGAUUGGAUUACAUGGUAUAGGUGUAAUAAACAGUGGAAAUACAAUAUUGCUUUAUAAGUAAAAUAAAAUAUGCAUUUGAAGGAUAAAA